AUGACUAUCAUGGUCUCGCCUUCUAAUGUGAGAUCUGGGUUGUCCAUGAAAUCGACUUCCAUACGGUACUUACUCGAGGGAGUAGUACACCGCCGAGCGUACUCCUCGCUUCCAGAGCGCCUGCGCCAUGAUUUGACCACGCGGAAGCUUCCAUUGACCUUCGAUUAUCUACAUCCUCAGCCAUCUCACCUUUUGAACCUCUCGCUUCACGAUCUUCUUCCACAGUCAUCUGGCGAUUGUAAUGUAUCCCCGAUUUUGCCUUCGAUCACAAACCCAUCUCCAUUGCCAAUCGGCCACCACUUGAUCUACUUCCCGCCUCAAGUGACUCUGUCGCAAUUGGUUCCAGAUGGCUGCGAUGUUCUUCACACACCAGGCGAUCCGUUUAAUCGUCGCAUGUGGGCAGGUGGUAAUGUGCGAUUCCCAACUGCUGGUCCGCUUUUGGAUGGCAGUCGGGCUGUCUGCAUUGAAUCCAUCCGCAACGUGACUGUCAAGGGACGCGAGGGAGACGAGAAAGUGAUUGUCACAAUUGAGCGACGGGUUGGUACCGUGCCAGAAGGAGAGGCAGAGGAGGAAACCUGGAAUCGGAUCUGGCAGGAGAAUGAAGCGGACUUGGGAAACUCGUCACUGAUCGAGAAUCGAGAUCUCAUAUUCAUGCGGGCUAAGACGGCGGAACAAAUUGCACUAGACCGAGAGCAGUUUUCAGAGCCGACUCGCUUUGUCAAGUACUUUUCUCCCAUUUACCCCCCACCCCGGAUAGGUCUUGCAGACCAAAGAGAGAGAGAGAGAGAGAUAAAGAGAGCUUACAGUUUGCAAACAGCUCCCUCCGAUGCGGUAUUCCGCCAUUCGAUAUUACCCACCAAGACAUUACUCUUCCGCUUUUCAGCACUGACAAUGAAUGCACACUCAAUACAUUUGGACAAAGAAUAUACACAGAAUCAGGAAGGGUUCCGAACCCUUUUGGUUCAUGGUCCCUUGACCUUAACACUGCUUCUGAGUGUGUUGCAAAACCACCUUCAAAGUCUAAAUCUUCGGGUUGGACAUAUUGAGUAUAGAAAUCUUGCACCUCUGUAUGUGGAGGAGGAACUGACAAUCUGUGGCAAGCCCAAGAAUGACGAUACUUGGGAUGUUUGGAUAGAGGGUCCUCGUGGCAGCCUGGCUGUCCGAGGUACUGCCAAAAUUUGCCCAGCCUAA